AUGAAUGCGCGGGGCUCGCAGGACACGCAGCCCAGUGACGACCCCGGCAGCGGCAGCAGCAGCAGGAGCCACAGCGAGAGGGAGCGGAUCCGGAGCCGUAUGAAAAUGGUGAUCGGGCAGCUGGAAGGGAUCCUGCAGGAGCUCAAGGAGGUGGCCAAGGAGCUCCGCGAGGUGGUGAGCCAGAUCGACAAGCUGACCUCUGAUUUUGAGUUUGAGCUUGAACCGGAUGACUGGACCACAGCAACCGUAAGCAGCACAUCCAGCAGCGAGAAAGGGGGCGGCACGUUCGACCUCGCGCAGCUGGAUUUCAUGACCUCGGACAUCCUCUCUGACAGCUGGGAGUUCUGCUCCUUCGUGGAGGUGUCCACCCCCUCGGACUCUGGGGACGGCUCGGAGCAGCAGCAGCAGCAGCAGGGCCGUCAACCUGACUACAGACUCAUGAACGGUGGGGUGCUGAUCCCCAACGGACCCCGGGUAGAGACACCCGACUCCUCUAGCGAGGAGGCCUUCAGCUCUGUCCCCAACCACAAAACCCACUCCCAGAGGACACCAGGCACAAGGGAGCGCGUCCGCUUCAGUGACAAGGUGCUCUACCAUGCCUUGUGCUGUGACGACGAUGAGGACGGUGACAGUGAGGAAGGCAACACCGGGCCACCGCCCUCUGAGGACGUUCAGGAGGAACCCAGCGAGGCAGGACACAAGCCACCAGCAGGACCUGCCUCCAAGGUGCCCCCAUCAUCCCUCCGGCACCCCCCUCAUCUCAGCGCUGCGCAGCAACGGAAGCUGACACGGAACAGCAGCACUCAGACAGUGUCAGACAAGAGCACCCAGACGGUGCUGCCAUACGUGUCGGCCAAGCAGAAAAUCAAAGGCAAAAACUGAGGAGAGGGCACAAUCAGAGUGAUGGGACCAACUGGAGCAGGGGAACGAGGGGAUGGGGUGGGAGGGACAGAAAUAUAUAUAUAUUUAAAUAAAUCAAUACUGAUAAUAAAAACAACAUGAAAAGGUGGAAACUAAUAAUAAUGUCCAACUACCUAACCAUCAUUUUUUGAGGCUCAGGGAAUUUUAAACUGUUUUGCUAAACAAAAGAGUCAGAUAAAUAAGCCGUACAGAAUGACAAAAAUAAUAUAACAGACACACGCACGUGCACAUAGAACGAGAGACACCCCCCGUGGAGAAGGCAGGAGGGGAACAGAGCUGGCCAAGCAGCUGAUCUCAAUUACAAGGCUUUUGGGUGGAUCCCACCAUCAAAAUGGGGUCCCUCCUUCAAGUAAGGGUUGCAGAUAAACUGAGCCGGGCAGGGCCGAGAAAACUAGUUGUGGGGUGGAGGGAGCGUCCAAGUGAAUUAUUAAGACUGAAGGAUUGCCGCAUAACAGAAAGCUAAAUCAACUCCCUUUGCUACUGGGUUGCAUCUCAGCAUACCAGAGUUUGAGCUAGGUUAUGAAAUUCAGAUCCACCUCUGUUGCUUGAUGAAACCUCCCCUCUCCUAAUUCUGAAAGAAACCAUCCAGUUAGAAACUUGCUUAUUCAUAAGACUGCAAUAUUUUAUUACGUUACAUUUUUACGAACAAAUCCGUUUCAGAAUGGCUGCACCUCAGACCAAGUCAGUUUUCGUAGCCAGUCAAAACGUUUUUUGUCUUCCAACCCAGGUCAGUGAGCAAUUUCUUUUCAUUCAAUAAAUGGUUUUCAUGCCAGCCAGAUUUUGCGGGUCAUUUGGUCAAAUGAAAAUCAAGUCCUGGUGGGGGGUUGGGAAAGGAGAAAGGGAGAAUUAAAUAUUAGGGGGGGGAAAUGAUUCCCAGGUAAUUCUGAUUGGACUUUGAUUCUCAUUGCUUGAUUCUCUUCUCACUUUGUACCAGUUUCAGAAUCACAGAAGAAUAAGAGUGGAAAGGCCCUCAGGAGGUCGCAUCUAGUCCAGCUCCCUGCUCAAGGCAGGAUCAUCCCUGUCUAAACCAUUCUAGGCAAGUGCCUGUCUAACUUGAUCCUGAUCUUAAAAACUCCAAAUGACAAAGACGCUACAAACUCUCAAGUUAACUGGUUCCAGUACUUAACCAUCUUCGUAAUUAAAGAGUUUUUUUUCUAACAUCCAACCUAAAUUUCCCUUGUUGCAAUUUAAAACAGUUACUUUUUGUCUUGUAUCUUCCAGACAUGGAGAAUAGUCUAUCCCCAGCAUCUUUAUAAUCAUCCUUCUUGUAUUUGAAGACUGUUAUCAAAUCCCCCUUGGUUUUCUCUUCUUCAGGGUAAAUAAUCUCAGUUCUUCAACCUUUUCCAUGUAAGUCAUUUCUUUUAGACAUCUAAUCAAUUUGCUUGCUCUCCACUGGACCCUUGCCAAUCUGCUCAUAUCUGUCUUGAAAUGCAGUACUCUGCAAUACUCUUCGCUGGACAGAGUACUUCAGAUGAGUAUGACUAGCCUGGGUCACUCCUGUUAAUACAUGGCUAUACACUAUUUGCACUUUUUGAUAACAUUAUUACACUGUUGACUCAUAUUCACAAGGUGAUCCACUAUAGCAUCCGAGUUUUAGUCUGCAACACUGCAGCCUAGCCAGUCACUUUCCAUUUUAUGUUUGUGCAUUUGAUUGUUCCUUUCUCUUUCUGGGUGUUCACAUAUGUCCUCAUCUAAUUUUAUCUGAUUAAUCUGGACAAUUUUCCAAUUUUUGAAGGUCAGUUUGAUUCCUAAUUCUAUCUUCUAAUGUAUUUGCUACUCCACCCAGUGUGGUUUCAUUCACAAAUUUAUUAAGUGUGUGAACUCAGUUUCAUCCUCCAAGUUAUUAAUGAAGAUACCAAACAGUACUGGACUAAAGACAGACCCCUAGGGAAUUUCACAUGAUACCUCCCCCCGAGGUUAGACAUCGAUCCACUGAUGACUGACUACUCUUUAAGCAGGUUAUUAGCCAACCAGUUAUGAACCCAAUUUACAGUAAUUUCAUCUAGCCUGCAUUCCCCUAGAUUACUUAUGAAGAAUGUCAUGGGAGACAGUGUCUAAAAUCUUAUGAAAGUGAUUAGAUUUUACAUCCAUUGUUUUCCCAACAUCCACAAGGCCCAUCACCUUGUCACAGCAGAAAAUCAAGAUGGUUAGCCAUGACUUACUCUUAAUAAACCCAUACUGGCUGUUUCUUA